AUGAACGGAAAUCACGCCGGUUACAGUCUGCUCUCCGCUUUACCGCACCCCUACACACUACCGGUGUUUCAAGGAUUGAGUCCCAACUUCCAGAUGGUUCCGGGAGGGAGCAUGAAUCCAGCUUGCCCUAUGGACUUCCUCGCGCCCUUGCCCCUGUUGUUUUCCAGUACACUUCGAGCCAUGGGACUUCCUCCGCUUCUGUCUCAGUGUGGGGAAUUGACGGAACCACUGCCACCUAGUUUGGCUGGUUCCACAGCUGUGGAGAUCCCCCAGCCCAACUUUCAGUUUGAGCAGCCCUCCCUGUCCUCUUCGCCCUUCCGACGAGCGGAUAGCAGAUCUCAGCGCAUGGGAGGUAAAUGGCCUCUCCUACGGCAUGAAGAGGCUAGUUUUACCUCCUCCAGUUGCACAGAAGGUAGUGGCGAGGCGAAUGUAGUAGACAUAGAGGCAGAUUGGUCUACCACAGAAAGUUGUUUUCACGAGACCAGCUUGCCGGAGAGGAGGAGAAGGAUGGCAAUGGAAGGAGGGAGAACGGAGAAAGGAGGAGCUGGUGAUCAAGUCAAGACUGUUGAAGAAACCUCAGGGUCCAUGCAUGAUACGACGGUAGCGAAGCGACGACUGGAGGGAGAGAGUCUGUCCAGUAGCGAGGCCAAACGCUAUCGGACUACCUACUCGGCCUACCAGACCAAGGUGCUAGAGGGAAUGUUUGAAGAGGAGCGCUACAUCAGUCGACCGCAGAGAGCCCAACUGGCCGCACAACUGCAGCUGCCGGAGAAUACGAUUAAGGUUUGGUUUCAGAACCGUCGGAUGAAGGAGAAGCGUAUGUCACUCAUGCUCCCCAACUUUGCAACCGGUACAACCUUGUAUUUUUGUAUGGUUCUUAGGCCAGACGUGGCUGCCCGUGCCAACUUCUCGUUUGUCAGUUAUCUUCAGCCAGUCAUACCCAACUCCAUAUUUGUAUAA